CUUAAGUGGAAGGUUCAUUGGAAAGAAGGCAAUCAUUUUUGAGAUUUCUUUUCAUACAGGUCAUACCCAUGACAUCAAUAUGAAUUCACAUAGUCUACAAAAGAUGAAAGUCCUCAUUUUGCUGCUUUCUGUAACAUUUAUCCAUGCUGAACACAGAGGACGUGAUUAUGAAAAAUCUAAAGUCUGUAAGGAGUUCGCCAAUUUGGGGAAAGACAACUUCCAAUCAUUAUCAUUUGUCCUAUACAGCAAAAAGUUUUCCAGGAGCACCUUUGAAGAAAUCAAAGCCUUAGUGGAUGAAGUUGUCUCCUUGACAGAAGAGUGUUGUGAUGUGAAUGCUGCCCCUGACUGCUAUGAUACAAGGACUACAGAAUUGUCCAGUAAGUCCUGUGAACAUGACGCUCCAUUCCCCAAACACCCAGAUACUCAUAAGUGCUGUGCCCAAGAAGGUCUGGAACGAAAACUCUGCAUGGCUGCUCUCGUGCACCCACCCCAAGAAUUCCCAACCUACAAGGAGUCAUCAAAUGAAGAAAUAUGUGAAUCCUUCAGGAAGAAUCCCAGGGACUUUGCUGAAAAAUUUUUACAUAAAUUCUCUAGCAGUUAUGGACAAGCUCCACUCCCACUGUUAGUAAGUUACACCAAGAACUAUCUCUCUAUGGUGAGCACCUGCUGCGCAUCAUCUGACAUCACAGCUUGCUUUGCUAAAGAGACGUUUCAGAAUAAAUACCUAACACUACUUACCAUACUGUCAGAUCGAGUCUGCUCAGCAUUCACUAUCUAUGGGAUGGAGAAAACGAGGUUCAGCUACAUUGUCAAGUUUUCCCAAAAAGCUCCAGCAGCUAAUUUAGAAGAUGUGAUAAAAGUGGCUGAAAGCAUGACCAACGUUCUCUCCAAGUGUUGUGAUUCCAUCAUGGAGGACUGCAUGUCUAAAGAGAUUACAGAAUAUACUGUAAGUGCUUGUGAGCAUUUAUCUGACAAGGAAAAAGAGUUCAAAAAUUGUUGUGGAGAGAAAAACCCAUUGGAUAUUUUCUUGUGUACUUAUUCAAUGCCAGCUGCCCAACCCAUCAAACUUCCAGAUAUUGUCAAACCCACUAAUGAAGAAAUAUGCAACACAGAAAACACUAAUGCAAUAGAUAGAUACACCUAUGAAAUAAGCAGAAGGAAUCCAUACAUACCAGAAGUGUUCAUCACAAAAGUGCACAGCUUAAGCAAGGAAGUUCUGAGUGAAUGCUGCAAAGCUGUUGAGCCACAGGCUUGUCUGAAGUCCCAGAGACCAUUAGCAAGAAGUGAAAUUACCUCAUUCUUAGCCAAAGCAGAAGAACUCUGUGGUGAUUACUCUCAACUUACUUUUACUGAGUUCAAAAAAAGGUUGACACAGCACUUUAAGACGAACUUUCCUAAAGCUAAUUCCAAAAAUAUUAAGGACAUGGUUGAAAAUCGGACUGACUUUGCCUUCAAGUGCUGUCAGAUGAAUUCACCUCCACUGUAUUGUGGUCCACGGAUUGAUGCUGAAACUAAAAAUUUCUGUAGCCAUGACUCAUGUCUAUUGACUUCGCGAACAAAGUGAUGAAUGGGCCCUGAAGACCUAAACUGAAAGGAAUUUGCUAAGCUUUUGGAAGAAACAGCAUCAAUUUCCCUCCCCACUACACAGAUUCUCCCCAGAAUCACAGAAAUGUAAUGGAUGUGCAAUCAAAAACAAUUGAUAUGAAUUGUAUACCAAAGAAAUGCUAUAAAAAGUGCUGUCAUACCAAUGGCCCCCUGGUCUCUGAAAGAUUAUUUAUUCUUUUGCUACAGAGACAAUAACACAAAGGGUCCUGCCCUAAGAAUAUGGGUUCUCAGAGGGCAGAGAUAUUUUCAUUUUUGCCCUUGUAUCCUCAAAACCCACAAGGAGCUGGCACAUAGCAGGUGCAUAAUAACAGUUUGUUGAUUAAUUGAUUUUAAAAUUCCUGUCCCUUUCAGAAUCCACAGGUUUUUUUUUAAUGAAUAAAAAAAACCAUUUAUUUUA